CAUAAAAACGACCCCGACGGGGCAGAAGGGACGACCUUCCGCCCGGGGACAGGACUCCACACACAUACCCUACAUUAAAGGACGAGCCUUUUCAGACUGAGAGUUCACAAGUGAAGUAUUGUAGAUACAAGUAGUACUUGCCAGCUUAAAAUCUGCGUUGUGUUGUAGCUCGGUUAGCUAGCCUGGCUAACUUAAAUAACUAACGUAGCUAAAGUUCGUUGCUAAGUGGGUGUUGCAAAGGGGCCGUUGCUAAGUGGUGGCUAGCUAGCAAGCUAACGUUUGCUAUUUAGGGUUUUAUUUCUUUACACCCACCCUGGUGUCUGUCGCUGGUCAGCUUCAGCCGGUGGUCCGUCAUGGCAAAGUGGGGACAGGGAGACCCACGCUGGAUCGUGGAGGAAAGAGCAGAUGCUACAAAUGUUAACAACUGGCACUGGACUGAGCGUGAUGCCACAAACUGGUCACAGGAAGUAUUGAAUGAGCUUCUGCUGAGGGUUCGUGUGGAGGGUGAGGAUGGUGUCUGCCAAAUCACAGAUGUCAGCACAAUCAAAGGAGAGGCUUCCAUUAACAACCGCAAGGGGAAACUCAUCUUCUUCUAUGAAUGGAACAUUAAAGCCUCAUGGACUGGAACCUCGAAAAAUGGAAUUAAGUACAAGGGAAAUAUAGAAGUAGUAAACCUCUCAGAUGAAAAUGACAUGGAUGACCUGGAUAUCUGCAUUACAGCGUGUAAAGACCAGCCACCCACACCUUUGACCACCUUCAUGAAAAAGGAGGGAGAGAAGGAAAUUAAAUUGGCUUUGGCAAGCUAUGUUUCUCACCUGAAAGAAUUCGCCCAAGGUAUGAUUCUACCAACUGCUAACGGUUUUGAUAAAGUGCAACAGCAUGCACAGAAAAAAGUCAAAAUGGAUAAAACUCAGAUUGGCUCUGAAUCUUCAACCAAAGCUUCAAGCUCUGGAGUGAAAAUCCCUACAGUCAAGUUCAGUUUGAAAGAGACCUUCUUGACCUCACCAGAAGAGCUUUACAGAGUUUUCCUUAACCAAGAGAUGGUUCAGGCGUUCACACACAUCACUGCCCUUGUAGAAGCAGACAGAGGAGGCAAGUUUCGGCUGCUGGAGGGAAAUGUUUAUGGAGAGUUUGCAGAACUGGUCCCAGACGAGAAGAUUGUGAUGAGGUGGAGAUUUGCAACAUGGCCUGCUGGACACUACUCAGUUGUCACACUGAACUUCAUUGACCGGGGAGGUGAGACAGAAUUGACUCUGGAAGCUAAAGGUGUUCCCACCAGUGAGGAAGAGAGAAUGAAGGAGGGCUGGCAGAGAUACUACUUUGAUGCCAUUAAACAGACAUUUGGUUACGGGGCCCGAAUCUUUUGAAGCAAAUUGUCCCUCUACCCUAUAUCAACCUCCUAGCAAUAAUACAGUGAAAAGCUGUAUGCCAGAUCUCCUGUGUGCAUAUGAAAUACUUGCUCAUUUGCAAGUUGACCAAUAUGUGUGCCUUCUUCCAGAAUGUAAACAGAGUCUUCACAUGUUGCAACAGCACAUGUACGUUGUUUCUAUGUGUGAAACUGCUACACAUAGAUUACUGAAAAUAUAUAACUCAACUGUAUUUAUAUUGACACAACCUUUGAUUGUCACUUUUAUUUUGUACAUAAAUAAAUAAUACACAGAAA